CCUCGUUACGCUCAAGAACGCGGCUCUUUCCCCCAUUCCCGCGGCCGCGUUGGCUGACGGGUAUGGUAGUUCCUUUCCCCAUUGGACUCCGUUAGAGUCCUGGCCGCCCCGCACUCCAUUUCCCAGCAUGCCGCGCGCAGAGGAGGAGGAGAAACGAAGGUAGUGCAGUCAGGAAACCGGCGAAGGAGUGCAGAAGCCGGUCAGCGCCACUCGGAGGAGGAGGAGGAGGAGGAAGAAGAGCAACAACAACAAGAAGAAGCGGGGCUUCGGGGUCGAGGGAAGAUGGCCGGGGAAAUGACGGUGCUGGGUUCUGCCAUUUUGACACUUCUGCUAGCUGGAUAUUUGGCCCAACAGUAUUUACCCAUGCCCACACCAAAAGUAAUAGGGAUUGACCUUGGCACGACGUAUUGCUCAGUGGGAGUGUUCCUUCCUGGCACAGGACAGGUGAAGGUGAUCCCAGAUGAAAAUGGGCACAACAGCAUUCCAAGUAUUGUGUCGUUCACUGAGAAAGAUGUGCAUGUGGGGUAUGAUGGGCUAGAGCUGGCAGAUGCCAAUCCACAGAACACUGUGUAUGAUGCAAAACGCUUUAUAGGGAAGAUCUUCACACCCGAGGAACUAAUAAGAGAAAGCAGUAGAUACCCAUUUAAGGUCCUUAAUAACAAAGGAGCUGCUGAAUUUUCUGUUUCAACAAAUGAGACUUAUAGUGUAACACCAGAAUACAUUGCUUCUCAGCUGCUCUUGAAACUGAAGAGAAUGUCAGAGGACUAUCUUGGAAUGCCAGUUUCCAAAGCAGUGAUUUCAGUGCCAGCCGAAUUUGAUGAAAGACAAAGAAAUUACACAAUUAAGGCAGCGAGCCUUGCAGGGCUGGAAAUCUUACGAGUAAUUAAUGAACCUACUGCUGCAGCAAUGGCAUAUGGUCUCCACAAAGCUGAUGUAUCCAAUGUUUUGGUAGUAGAUUUGGGUGGAGGUACGCUUGAUGUUUCUCUGCUGAACAAGCAAGGAGGAAUGUUUCUGACACGAAGCAUGGCAGGUAACAACAAACUUGGUGGGCAAGACUUCAAUCAGCGGUUGAUGCAGUACUUGUAUAAUGAGAUCUAUCACAUGUAUGGCUCUCUGCCUUCCAGAAAGGAAGAGAUACAUAGACUCAGACAGGCUAUAGAAGCCGUCAAACUAAAUUUGACAAUGCACAGCUCUUCCACAAUCAGAGUUUCUCUGACUAUGCCAGGCAAGUUGAACCAACAUCAACACUUGCUGGAGGAGAACAAAAAUCAAAAUAUAGGUUCAGAAAUAGAAUCUGGCAUGAAAGAGGAUAUCAGGGACAGCUUUUCAGAAACACAAAGCAACACUUGGAAAAAGGUUCACUUUGAAACAGAAAUUUCCCAGAAGCUCUUUGAGACAUUAAACGAAGACCUUUUUGAGAAGAUUCUUGUGCCCAUUGAGCAGGUGUUGGAAGAAGGACACCUACACAAGACUGAAGUAGAUGAAAUUGUAUUAGUUGGAGGCUCUACCCGAAUACCAAGAAUACGUAAAGUUAUUACACAGUUCUUUGGGAAGAAACCCAACACUUCUGUUGACCCAGACUUGGCUGUGGUAAUAGGGGUGGCUAUCCAAGCAGGAAUUGUUGGAGGAUCCUGGCCUCUUCAAGUCAGUGCUGUGGAAAUCCCAAACAGGCAUUUACGAAAGAGAAAUUUCAACUGAGUUUCAGUGUUCUUUUCCCUUUCUGUUCUUCCUAAUUUUGAUCCAUUUGCAUGGUACCAGGCUUUACAGAGUCCCAUUAGUUCAGCCCUCUUUUUCCUUUGUAAACGUUUGAAAAUUUGAAACUGAGGAAGGUCUGUUUCUACUUGAGCUGCAGAAAAGUGUGGGCUCAUUUGUGAAAGCCAAUGUCAGGAACGUUGUUCUUGAAAUGGGAUUUUAUUUUCUCCCAGGUGAGUAAUCACCAAAGCCUCCAGAUUUCAUUACUUGAAAAGGGAUUUACAUAAUUCUGGAGUUAUGAUGGCAAUAGUGUUGGCUUUGUCUCCUGGCAUUUCCCAGGAAUUUGUAUUGUCUGUGCUUGGUGUGGCACAUAGCAGUAUUAAUUCAGAAUUUAAUCUUAAAUGGCAUUUAAAAGCACUUUCUCAAUGUUGCAUUCAAACUUGAACGUUUUAGAUACUGUUAUCAACAUUUAUCAUCUGAUGUGUUCCUUUGUAGCAAUAGCCAUGGGGUAGUAAGAAGUAAUGGCUAUGUACAAUGACUCUCAGUCUAGAGAGAGAUUAUAGUAGCUGGGCAUUUUAUCAGCUGGAAAUAUCAGGGAUUGUGUGACUUGAUGUAAUUCAAAUGUCAUGCUAAACAGAUUCUUAGUGUUACAUGAAUUGGGCUCAUACACUUGUAGCAAGGUCAGAAUUGGAAGCUUUUGCUUUCUAUUUUCAGUUACCUGCAGUUUUACCAUUAUGUCCAGUCUGUAACUCUGGUUUACUGAUAUGAGUCAUCUUAAUAAACUGCUGUUUGAAGUUGACUUGUUUCAGUAAACCAUUGAAAAGACUAGCCACAGUUGGUCAGGUUCACCUAACCCAGCAAUAAGAGAGGUAUAUGAGAUUGAGAGUAUAUGGGCAACUUGUGGCCCUCCAGAUGUUUCUGAAUUAAAGAUCCUACAAUGCGCCCUUUCCUUAUGCGGGGCAUCUGUUCCAUAGCUCCCCGUGUAAGACAAAUACCACAUAUGCUUGAGCCUCAUUAAAAACAAUGGGGCUCGUGUGCACAGCAUGGUGCAACAUAUGCAUGAUGGGCACACGCACCAUUGUGUCUACCGUCGCACAGCUUUCAGCAUAAGCUGAGAGCCACGUAUAGUGUGCCCACAUAUGAUGAGGGCGCACUGUAUUAUCAUUGACUAGUACAGCCAGUGGUGUGGGAUGAUGGGAGUUGUACAGAAACAUCUGGAGGGCUACAAUCUGACUAUCCUUGUAUUAAACCAUAGUUUAGGAUGUUCAAAUAAAGGUACUGUAUGAAUCUUAGUCUUGCAGUUCUGAUGAACUAAUAUUACAGUAGACCUGCCCUAUGCACAGAUUCCCCCGUCCAUUUCUUGAAAAUAUUU